AUGGCUACCACUAUCAAUCGCGCCGUUUGGCAGGACGCGGUUGGCGUUCCCGGCGCAAUCCGCGACAGUUCGCUCCCUACGAACGAUGAGCUUGGCGAUCACAAGGUGUUGGUCAAAGUGCAUGCCUGGGCCAUCAAUCCCUGCGACUACAUGCUCCAGGACAGGAAUCUGGUCAAUUAUCCCAUAAUUUUGGGCUGCGACAUUGCCGGCACCGUCAAAUCCGUGGCUCCGGGCUCCACCGCGGCCUCCCAGUUCCGCGUCGGCGACCGGGUCUUUGGCUUCGGCGCCAACAACGGCUUUCAGGACUUUGUUUCCUUGGACAACAGAUUGAUGGCUCGAAUCCCAGGCGACAUGCCGUACCGCGAAGCUGUCGUUCUUGGCCUUUGCAGCGCCACCAGCGCCCUGUUCCUGUUCGGAAAGGACUAUCUUAACCUCGACUACCCCAAACUAGGGGCACUCAAAAAGGGGAAGUCCGUCUUGAUUUGGGGAGGCAGCUCUGCUGUUGGUAGCAAUGCUGUACAGCUAGUCACGGCUGCAGGCUAUGAUGUAAUCGCCACUUGUUCGAAGAAGAACUUCGACUACGUUAAGGGCCUUGGCGCCACCCAAGUCUUCGACUAUAAAGAUGCCGAUGUGACCAAAAUUAUCGCUGCAGAGCUCGACAAAGGCGAAUGUGCUGGUAUCUUCAUGGCGGCCGGGUUGAAGGAGGGGAAUGUCGCGGCAUACAAAGUUGCGGCAGCGUCCAAGCAGAAGCUCAAUCUUGCAUCGUCCAAUUUCAUCGGUAACUUGGAGGAUGUACCAGAGGGGGUGGAUGUCAAGCAGCCAACGCCUGAGAAUUUCAAACCAUUCCCCGACUGUUGGUUUGAGACGACACCUGCUACCUUUGGGGGAUAUCUGCCCGAGGCUCUGGCCAAGGGAGCCUACAAGGCCGCUCCCCCACCAUUAGUCGUCAACAGAAAGGGUCUAGAAGGCAUCCAGGACGCUGUCGACCUGAUGCGAGUCGUCACCGAGAAGGGCCAGGAAGCGAGCAAGGAGACUAUCGACCGCAUCAAAGAAGGCAAGCAAGAAGACAAGAUAUCAGCAAUUAAGCUGGUCGUUGAGAAACCUUAG